AUGAUAGGCAGCCGCCUCCCCAGCCCCAGCUUCCAUGCUGCGCCCUGGUGGGGACCCCAAUCCGGGGGACCCGGCCCCGCCAAGCGCCGCCGAAUUGAGGAGCCCGCGGGCCCUGAAGACCGGAUGGCGCCCAGCCUGCAAGGCCCCGCGGGACCCCAGGCCGCCGACGCGCUCACCUCCGUGCUGGUCGUGGCUGCAGGCUGUGCCCUGCAGCUGCCUCUGGACGGCGGCGUCGACCUGGUGCUGCAGCCCGAGCCCACGUCGGUCCUGCAAGUGUCUCUGGGCGGGCACACCCUCGUGCUGGUCCCCGAGGCGCUCUUGGGCCCGGGAGCGGGGGCGCACCCGCCCGUCGUCGGCCUGGAACCCGGCGCUCUCCUGGGCGCUCCCGGGGGAGGCGUCGCCAUCCAGCAGGGAUUCUUCUGCGCAUUUGCCCCACAGAUCGCCGUCCCAGAAGAGGCCCACCACCAGGACGAGGACGCCGCCCCCGGGUUCCUGACUCCCUGGAUGGUCCCUGCAGCCGGCUCGGUCGCUGGAACGGGGUUAGGCCCCCACCCGCACGGCCCCAUCAGACAGCCAUGGCCUCAGGCCCCCACGCCUAGUCCAGAGAGACGCCCGCCUGGGCCCGACUUCAACCUGAACUUCCACCUGUGGGAGCGCUUCCCCAGCUCACCGCUCCAAGCUCUACCUCCGUCCCCCAGUCCAGGUCCGCAGGUGCGCCCCCGGCGCCCUCUGGGGCCUGCUCCCAAGGCCCGGAAACGCCUGUUCCAGGAAUGA